AUCAAUACAAAAUAUUCAUCAAUCACAAGACUUUGCUACUUUCAAUUAUGAAACAUGUAUGCCGUCUAAAUUAGUCUAUAUACUUAAAUGUUACAAAGGGGAUUGAUUUUAAAAGAAGAAGAAGAUGACUUGGAAUAUUUUUUUUGCAAAUAUUCUGAAGAUUUGCAUAUGCCUCUCAAAUAUUGCAACCUAUCUAUCCUAGUCCCAAACUAGUUGAAAACAAAAGGAGAGAGAAAAGCUCCAUAUCUUGGAGUGAUAUUUCAUGAAAAAUGGCUGGGCUAAACUCUAGAUUUCCCUGCAACACUUGUGCCAUAAUAUGCAGCCAUGAAAGCAACAAUGGUUUCCCUGAAAAAUCCAGAGCUUCAAGUUCAAUGAGGGCUAAGCCGCCCCGGCCACGAAGGAUAAUCCUAGUCCGACACGGGCAGAGUCAAGGAAACGUGGACGAGUGUGUGUACACGCGCGUGGCAGACCCGAAGGUGAUGCUGACGGAGCAGGGGGCGGCCGAGGCGGAGGAGUGUGGGAGAGAGAUAAGGAGGAUGAUAGAGAGAGAUGGAGUUCAUGAUUGGAAGGUUUACUUCUAUGUGUCUCCUUAUAGAAGGUCUCUUGAGACUCUCAGAAAUUUGGCUAAGGCAUUUGAGAAAUCAAGAAUUGCUGGUGUUAGAGAAGAGCCAAGAUUGAGAGAGCAGGAUUUUGGGAAUUUCCAAGAUCAAGAACAAAUGAAGAUUCAAAAGGCAGCUAGGAAGCAGUAUGGGAGGUUCUUCUACAGGUUUCCAAAUGGGGAAUCAGCUGCAGAUGUUUAUGAUAGAAUCACAGGAUUCAGAGAGACCCUGAGAAGUGAUAUUGACAUCGGGAGGUUUCAGCCGCCUGGCGAGCAAAGCCCGAACAUGAACUUAGUGAUAGUGUCGCAUGGACUGACGCUGCGCGUUUUCUUGAUGAGAUGGUACAAGUGGACUGUGGAGCAGUUUGAAGGGCUCCAUAACUUUGGCAAUGGCAAGGUUCUUGUUAUGGAAAGAGGCUAUGGUGGGAGGUACUCCUUGUUAAUGCACCAUUCGAGAGAAGAGCUUAAGGUGUUUGGGCUAACAGAAGCAAUGCUGAUUGACCAAGAAUGGCAAAAUCAUGCCAAGCCUGGUGAGCUUAACUACGAUUGCACGACGACGGGGCCGUCGUAUUUUACCCACUUCGAUGACCAUCAAGAAAACCUGCUUGAAGAAUCUGGAGGUGAAAGCUCAAAGAAUGCAGAGGUUGAAAGGGAGGGAGAGAAGAUGUUAUGAAUUUUGAUCUACAAGUUUGAAGUAUACUUAUAGACUGCAGUUGGAAGUAUAAACCUCUCUCUCUCAUUUCCUGUUGCAAAAUGAAUUUAUUAAUUGGAGAUGAUAGUAGAGAACAUGUAUUAGAAAAAGGAAAAAGAAGAAAGAAAGAAGAAGAGGCCUACAUAGCAUUUCACAAUGGAUCACAAACUUACAUGAUAUGGAAACUACUAUAUGUUUAAAUCAA